AUGAGGACGGAAUGGAGGCUGACGCCGAAUGCGAACACCUACCUGAACAUCAUAUCCGCGUGUUCUGUGAGGGGCCAGGCCGAGAAGGCCGCGACCUGGUUCGAGCGCAUGCGGGUGGCCGGCAUAUCCCCCGCGCUCCCGGCCUACAACGCGGUGGUCACCGCGCACGCCCGCGCCCGCGACCUCAGCGGGGCGGGCGCGUGGCUCGAGCGGCUGCGCGAGGCUGACCUACGCCCAGACGCCGCCUCCUACACCAGCAUCAUCAGCGGCUGCGCGCUGCGCGGCGACGGCGCCGUGAAGUGGCUGAGGCGGAUGCGGUCCGAGGGCGUCGAGCCGAACGGGACUUCUGACGAUCACGUACAACGCCGUGCUGCACGCCUUCGCCUGCGCCGGCCGGCCGGACGAGGCCCGGCGCUGGCGGGAGAGCGCGGAGGCGGGCGGCGCCGACGCCGUCCACGCCUGGACCUCGCUCAUCCUGGCCCUGAGCAACACGGAGACGACCCCCCCUCGCGCGGGGAGGCCGCCGGGGCCUUCCGGCAGAUGCUCGCGGCCGGCGUGCGGCCGGACGGGCCCGCGCUCCGGGCGCUCAGCCGCGCGGUCGGCGCCGACGAGUGCCGGCGCCUCUGUGCAGAGCUCGGCGUCGAGCAGGUCCGCGCAGAGGCCGUGCAGGACGCUCGAAGCGGGCACGGGAACGGGCACGGCCCCGCGGCAGUGGAGAGGCAGGCAGAGCCCGCACGGCUGCAGGGCAGGUCCUACACAGGACACGGGAGGGAAGAGAGCCUGCAGAGGCGGGCGGCGGCGGCGGUCACCACGUCGGAGGCUGCCGCGGCCCGCCUCUUUGGGGGGCCCGCGUCGCGGCGCGGCGAGAGGGUGGCGGAGGCCCUGGCCCGAGUCGGCGCCCCGCGGCCGGCCGGUGCGGCCGCGGCGGCACCGCUGCCGCUGGAGCUCUCCGAGGAGGUGGCCGCUGCGCUGCGGACUGGCACGCCCGUGGUCGCUCUGGAGUCCACCAUCAUCUCCCACGGCAUGCCGUACCCGCAGAACGUGCAGACGGCUGUGGAGGUGGAGGGCAUCCUGCGCGCCCAGGGCGUCACGCCCGCGACGAUCGGCAUCCUCGAGGGGCGCAUCCACGUCGGCAUGGAGCGGGCGCAGCUCGACCGGCUCGGCCAGCUGGGCCUGGAGUGCAAGAAGGAGGGCCCCGGGGGGCGCCCAGGAGCGAUCUCCGCACGGCGGGUUCGGAGGGCCAGCUUGAGCUGA